AGCUGUGAGUCACAGUUCUCAUUUUAUUGCUACAUCAUCUCCCAUGUUUGUUAGCUGUAUCCCACUACUAUUAUUGCCCCUUCAUUAUCCCCAUCCAUCUCAGCGAUCCACCUUCGUCCAGCCCACAGUGCAGUGACAGCAGCCCUCAUUGGGCACCUGUUGCUAUGAAGACUCAAACCAACUCAGCCUCCAGCAGUAGCACGCUACUAAAAGCAGGCAAAGCCAUAUCAGUGUGUCAGAGAUCCCUAUGCUCCAGCUUCGACUGUCCAGAUGGAGAGCUACCUGACCGUCUGUCACCUCAAUCCUCCUCCGACACAGGACUAACGUUAAUAGCGUUAAAUCCGGAGGACGAUAAUGAGCUUUACCUGAUUUACAUGUCACUGUCGGCUUCAGACAUGGAGGCCUCAAACAGACCAGAAGACUCGCCAUAAAGCUGAGGGGUUCAGUGUUGUGAGCAGUCUCGUUGUCCUCUGCGUCACCUCGGCUGUUAACAUGACUUGGUCUACCUUUCCUGUUGACAACCUGCUGUGCAGGUGUCUUGGCAUCUCCAUCACUGUGUGGUGGACUUUUCUGUUCGUCUUCAUAAUCAUACCAGCUGUGUUUGGAGUCUCUUUUGGUAUGCGCAGAUUCUACAUGAGGACACUUCUCAAAAUCUUUGAGUGGGCAAUGCUACGAAUGGAGAUGGGAGCAAAGGAAAAGAAUCAAGAACUCUAUAAGCCAUAUAGUAAUGGUAUCAUAGCCAAAGAGCCACCAUCUUCUUUGCAGCAGGAGAUGCAGGAGCUCCGUGGUUCAGCAGGCUGCCUACGCUCAGAGCCUGAGUUUGAGAUGGCAGACAUCUUCUACUUCUGCCGGAGAGGCGUGGAGAGCAUCGUGGAUGACGAGGUGACCAAGUGCUUCUCGGCCCAGGAGCUGGAGAGCUGGAACUUGCUGACUCGAAGCAACUACAACUUCCGUCACAUAAGUCUCAGAGUCACUGUCCUGUGGGGGUUUGGGGUCCUCGUCCGCUACGGCGUCCUGCUGCCUCUCAGGGUCACUCUGGCAGUCACUGGCAUUAGUUUGCUCCUAGUCCUGACGACCUUGGUGGGCUUUUUGCCAAAUAGAGAGCUGAGGUCCUUCCUGAGUGAGAAGGUUCAUCUGAUGUGUUACCGCAUCUGUGUUAGAGCUCUCACAGCAAUCAUCACUUAUCAUAACAGGGAGAACAAACCACAGAAUGGUGGUAUCUGUGUGGCCAAUCAUACAACACCCAUUGAUGUCAUCAUCUUGGCCAAUGAUGGCUGCUACUCUUUGGUCGGCCAGGCGCAUGGAGGGUUGAUGGGAAUGAUCCAAAGAGCCAUGGUCAAAUCGUCUCCUCACAUCUGGUUUGAAAGAUCAGAAGUCAAAGACAGACACCUAGUGGCCAAAAGGCUUGGCGAUCAUGUUGCUGAUAAAACCAAACAGCCCAUCCUCAUCUUCCCUGAAGGUACUUGCAUCAAUAACACAUCAGUGAUGAUGUUCAAAAAAGGCAGCUUUGAAAUAGCCUGUACUGUCUAUCCAGUUGCCAUUAAGUAUGAUCCUCGGUUUGGGGAUGCCUUCUGGAACAGCAGUAAGUUUGGCAUGGUGAAUUAUCUGUUGAGGAUGAUGAGCAGCUGGGCCAUUGUCUGCAGUGUUUGGUAUCUGCCGCCAAUGAACAGAGAGGAAGGGGAGGAUGCGGUGCAGUUUGCUAACAGAGUGAAAGCGGCCAUAGCUGCACAAGGAGGCUUAGUGGAUCUCAUUUGGGAUGGAGGGCUGAAACGAACAAAAGUGAAAGAUGCUUUUAAAGAAGAGCAGCAGAAACUCUACAGCCAAGUUCUUGUGGGUGAGCAGGACCAGGAGGACCAAAGUGGUGACAGACAAUUAGAGGAGGAAAAUCCAGAGGGGGAUAGAAACAACCAAGAUUCAAGCAAAGGACAAUGAGGACACACUGAAUGUAUGACAUAUUUUUCUAAUAUGUAUAUGUAAUAUAAAAGUACCAAUAUAGAAUUUUAUAUUGUGUAUAAUUUUUACCUGGCUCAGAACCAAAGACAAGUAUGUUAUAUUGUGCUUUGUUUGAUAUUUAUGUCUCUAUCCGUGUUGAAUUUAUAUUUAUUUAAUGUGUUAUAUGUUGUGACAUUAGCAGAAUAGUUACACUUACUUUUUAAAAAUAUUUAUACAGCAAAACCCCAUAUUGUCCUGUGAGUCUGUCAUAUUAUCUCAUUAAAAUAUUUUUUGUGAAUGAUAAAGACGUAAUUCAGUAUGGAAGAUAAUCCUUGGUGGUACACAGCUAUUUAUAAAGCUGCACCUAUUUAAAGUGUCUCGUACUACAGGUGUUACAUCACAGUCAGACACACACAGUUUGGUGGUGCCAAAACUUGUACGUCACUCUGCUAAUUGGCUCAAGACUCUACAUGUGUCUUCAGCUUUAAUCUUUGCUGGGGAGAUAAAACAUCAGACCUUGUGCUAAGUGUUAGCCAUAAACAGCCAGAAACAAACUGACUUGACUAGAAAAUUGUCAAUUCUUUUUUUAAACAGCAGGAGUCAGUGUUCAGACAUGAACCAUCUUGCAGUAAAAGUGCAUAUCAAUGUAUAGACUUAUUUAAACAGUUUUACAACUGUUUAACAUUUUCCAUACCCACCCUAUACUAGCCAAUCAGGCUCAUGGAGAUUAUUAGCCUUUAUGUAUUAAGCAGAAAGGGAAUCAACUCUGGACAGGUUGUCAGUCCAUCAAUGGGCUAAAACAAGCAAACAAAUUAACACAUUCAAAGUAUUUCAGAGCCUUCAAUCCGUCUGAUCUGCAAGUGGAAGGAAAUCCAUGUCAACACUGGCACUGCAGCCUGAUUAAGAUUCAAACUGGAGCUGCAUGUGAAACUGAACCCAACCAUAUGAACCCUAUC